CUCCAAACAUACACCUUUAAAUAAUAAAUAAUAAUAAUCAAAUGAAAGAGUAAUUUACCAAUAUUUUACUUGGUAAAUUGUUGUUGUGUGUAGAUUCCAGACAGAGAUAACAGUGGCAAUGUUAUACCUCCAUGGAAGAGACAGAUGUUGGCCAAAAAGGCCGCCGAGAAGGCGAAGAGAGAACUCGAAGAGCAGCUACAAAAAGAAGCUGAAGCUAAAAGAUUACAAUCCAUACCACAGUGGAAAAGAAAUUUAAUCGCCAAGAAAGAAGAAACUGAAAACAAAAUAAGAUCCACAGUAUACACUCCAAAAUUACUGGACGAACCAAAGUCUCCUAAAGCCUUCGAGAUACACGAAUGCUCAAAAACAAAAGCUGCAACCUCCCAAGAGGGAAACAAGAAUAAUCAGGAUGACAACAACAACAAUAAUAACUCGGCAUUAAGUAACCCCCUGAAGCAGCAGAGUCCUGAUAGUGACGACGAAAAGAAUUUGAUUCCUUGGAGGGCGCAGUUGAAAAAGACGAACAGUACGUUAAACCUUUUGGAGUAAGUAACUUUUGAAAAAUUAAUUAAGUAACGAAAAAUCAAUUUGUUUUAACACUUAAAUAACAGCAAGUUUAUUAUUUUUCGUAAGCUUUUUUCUU